AUGGAAGCCAAGAAGUCGAUCAAGAUAAAAGAGAUCGUUAAGCUUCAACAGAUCCUCAAGAAAUGGCGGAAACAAGCAAAUGCAUCAAAAGCAGCCAACAACAACAACGAAGACAACAGCAGCAGCAAUGGCGCAGGAAGCAAGAGCAUCAAGUUUCUGAAGAGGACACUUUCGUUUACAGAUGCAACAGCUGUGCCUAAAGGAUAUGUAGCCGUCUCGGUCGGGUUAGAGAAGAAGAGGUACACAAUACCAACAGAGUACCUUAGCCACCAAGCUUUCCAUGUUCUUCUCCGUGAAGCAGAAGAAGAGUUUGGGUUUCAACAAGCAGGUGUCUUGAGGAUACCUUGUGAAGUUGCUGUUUUCGAGAGCAUAUUGAAGAUAAUGGAGGAGACGACAACAACAGCUAAACAGGAUUGUAAAUUUAAUGCAGCAACAGAUGACAGGAAGAGUUACAGGCAUCCAUCGGAUUGUCCUCGGACUCCUUCACACCAACCUCACAGCCCAAUGUGCAGAUAG